AUGUUUAUUUUCUAUCAUAACUUUGUUGUUGCAAAAUUAUUUUCUAAAUUUUACAAUGUUCCUUUACGGCUUCAUUUUUUCCACAAAGCUUAUAAAACAUUAAACUGUAUUUUACAAUUACAAGUGUACACGUAUAGCAUCGGUAAUUUUUAA